CCCCUUCCUUCUCAAAUCUUUCCCGUGCACACACUUCAACCCUCACCACUCAGUCCAUCGUUGCUGCUGUUUGUUCCUUUAUUUCUUCAUCAAGCCAGCCACACGUAGUUCUUAAGAAGAACGUCGUGCCUGCCCUCGGCAUUUCCUGUCUUAACACCCAUUCGAGCAACUCCAAUCCCAGCUUCUCCUUCGCUGAAGCUUUUGUUUGUUCGUUGCGAGUUCAUCCUCAUCCCAACGGACUAAUCACCAAAAAAGUUCUUACGACUUGCCUUCAAGCCAGCUGUAUCACGCCUUUCCACUACUAUCCUCUUUAAUAUUGCAUUUCAGCUUCUUCGCUGAUCCAUACAAUCACAAUGGCCUUCACCAAGUUCAUCCUUCUCACACUCGCGGUUGCGAGCAAUGUCCUCGCACAAAACGAUGCCUGCGAUGGACCUUCGAUCACUAUUUCCAGCAGUGGAGACGCUCAAAAGAUCGCUAACUGCAAAACCUUCAAUGGAGAUGUUAUCAUUGACUCGACUGCCUCUGGACAAAUUGCCAUUAACGGCGUUCAACAGAUCAAGGGAGAUGUCACCUGUAACAACGCCACUCAGUUGACUGCCAUUACCUCAGAUCAGCUCAACACCAUUACUGGUACCUUCAGUUUGACCGGCCUCACCAUCAUGUCGACUCUCCAAUUCGAUUCUCUCACUGGUGUGAACAAGAUCAACUGGGUCGGUCUGCCUGCUCUCCAGAGCUUGAACUUCGCCCAGGGUGUUCAACAAGCCAAUCAGGUCUACAUCUCUAACACACAGCUUAACAAUCUAAACGGAAUUGAGCUGCAGGCUGUAUCGGCUAUGGAUAUCAAUAACAACCCGUACCUUACUGACGUCAAUGUUAACGACCUCAAGAAUGUCACCACCGCGCUAUCCUUCUCUGCCAACGGCCGGGAUCUCGAGAUUAGCUUCCCGAACCUUGAAGAUGCUGCGAACUUGACCUUUCGAAACGUCAGCAAGGUCUCCAUGCCAUCCUUGAGCAACGUUGGUGGUUCCAUGGGCUUCUACUCCGACUCUUUCAAGACCUUCUCUGCUCCCAACUUGACCGAGACUGGUGGCACCUUGGCUUUCGUUGACAGCCCGGAAUUGUCCAACCUGUCUUUCCCAGCAUUGACUCAGAUCGGUGGAGGUUUCUUGAUUGCCAACAACACCGCUCUCAAGGCCAUCGCUGGUUUCCCCAAGCUCAAGACCAUUGUCGGUGCGCUUGACUUUGCCGGUGCCUUCGGCAGUGUCAGCAUGCCAUCCCUCAACGAUGUCCGUGGUGGAUCCAACGUCCAGACCACCUCCACCAACACCACCAUCUGCGACCUCUUCAACCAGGCUCACUCUGCUGGUGUCAUCAAGGGCGUCAACACGUGCUUGACCAACAAGGCACAUCCAGAGACCAACCCCUCGGCUACCUCGGGCGGUACUUCCUCUACUUCAACCAGCAGCUCCAAGAAAAACUCCGGCGUCACAUUCGGACCCAGCGCACCCCUGACUGGUCUCAGCGCUCUGUUCGCUGCCAUUUUCUUCCUGUGAAGUAUUGGUUUUGGCGUCUCGUGUUCUUACUUAGACUAGCUUAAUACGCAAUGGGUAAUGUCCUUCCGUCCUUAUCUUGCGGGGUAUAUUUUGAGCGAAAACCUCUCAUGGCGGGACCACAAGAAUGGAGUGGAUGGUGACUCGGAGCCUGCAAACACAGAAGCGCCUGCGCGCCUUGUGUGUUCCAGGAUUCGAGGUUCGUGUUUGGGAACAUCUACUGGGCAGAUUGUCAUUGAGGGCGAAGGGUCGCUCAAAAAGGCUUGCGUGUGGAUAGGCAAUAACAGACAAACGAAUAUGUUUCAUUCUAACUUACUCCGUAAGCUGAUUUCAAACGAUUUCCGAGCUGAAAGCCAACUUGCUAGCGCAACCUCGUCAAGCUCAUGUCCAUCUUCUCUUGUCUCGGUAGGCAUGAGGUUAGCCCACGG